AAAAUCUACGGAACCGUAUUCAUUUAUAACGCAACAAAAUGGUAGGAGAUUCCAACAUACUUCGCCGUUUGAAAAUUCAUGUUUUUUUUCACAGUCCCCUUGACGAUUCCAAAGUUUGCUAAUAACACCAGAGGAGCAGGAGGAAUGUUUCAGCAAGGGAGUGACGUUUUGCACUUUGAAGCCAAAUGAAAACCAGAUUUUGUUGCGCUAGUUUCUCUUAGGAAUCACGUAAUGUGUAACACGAUCGGGACAUAUUCGUUGGUAUUCGCCCGAAGCAUUACCUGAAGCUCUGGCGGAAUGUGUGUUCAUCCUCACUGUAAACAAAUAUUGGGAGAGCAGGCAGAUGAUGAAAACAUGUGCUAGAGAAGAGCUUGAAGGCUGGGUACUUCCUUUCACGUUUUACAUUUUUGUGGUCUGAUUGUAGCCAGUGGAUUAAAUCCUCUACUUAAAACUUUCAAAGAUCUAGACACUUUGCCUUCUGCAGUUUGUAAUCCGAGAGAGCGAGACUCUCGAUUUGCCGGUCCUUCUUGUACCAGUGGAUAUUCCGAACCUAGUUUUACAAUCGUUUUCAUUUUUUUGAAAAAGAUUUUCAAAAGAAAUCCCAAGGAUGUGUGAUAUGAAAGUUCUGGAAUACUAAUUUCUCAGUUGUAGCAUAUUAAUAUUCAUACAAAGUUCCAGCAUGAAAGGUACCAAGAACAUUUAAAGAGUUUAUUCUUUUUUUUCGAAACCAUUAUUUUUCCCUUUUUUGAGCCUCUUCGCCCACGAAAUGAAAGACGACUACAGUGAAGAAGAGGAGGUGCAUUCAAUGGGUUACAAGAGGUUUGGAAUUCAGGAAGGGCCUCAGUGUAAUCGAUGCAGAAACAACUGGGCCUCUGAAGUUUUCUAUUCUGCUGCUCUAUGUCCUCUGUGCCAUGCUAACCAUUACUGUAGCCAUCCUGGGAUAUAAAGUUGUACAGAGAAUGGACACGGUGACUGAAGGAAUGGAAACAUCACAAAAAAGUUAUUCAGAAAAACUAACUGCUGUUGAGACUGACCUGAAAAAAUUAGAUGACCAGUCUGGUAUGAAAGAUCAAAGCACCACUUCAGAGCUGUCCAAGUUCAAAAGUAAUAUUCAGUUCCUUCAGAACCAGCUUAAUGAUAUUGCUGAUAACGCCUCCAAAAACAAAGUUGCAUUAGACAAGCUACAAGAGACUGAAUUAUCAAUGACAACCAGCCAUAAUUCCCUCAAAACCUUGUUGGAUGGCAACUCAAAAUCCAUCAAAGCCAUUAACCAAACUUUAUUGACAUAUAGUGGAUACAUCAACAAUCUGGAGCAAAACACUGGUAAGCUACAAAAGGACAUACAGCGACAGACCAAGUCUCAGAGCAGUACAGUUAUGAAUCUCAGUCAAAUAAAUCAGACACAGAUUCGACAAAGGGAUUUAUUCAGUUCACUGCAGAAAUCUGUUGAUGAUACCAGUCAGGCAAUCCAGAAGAUAAGGAAUGAUUGGCAGGCUCUCCAGCAGACAGUGUUUCAAGCACAGAAGGACACCGAGUGGUUAAAAGAGAAAUUACAAUACCUGCAACUUCAAGCAGUGAACAACUCUGUCAUGGUGACUGGUAAUAGUGACACUUUGGAAGAUAUGAGUAACCAACUGAAUUCUGUCAGUAGCCAGAUGGCAAAUAUUAGCUUUAUGGCUAACAUUCAUGAAGAGAAUCUCAAGGAUCUACAGCGAUAUCAAAAAGCCCAUGAAAACAAAACAGCUACUAGUUUUGAACAACUUGAAGCACGCAUGGAUAUAAAUGAAAGAGACAUUGGAACUAUCAUUGGCAAUAUCAGUUGGACUGUGCAACAUCUUCGGUCAUUGACAAACAACUUGAACGGCAUUAAAACUACUUGUACUAAUACACUGAGUCAGCAUGCGGAUGAGCUAGCCAUCCUGACUACCAAUAUGGACAAUAUCCACAUGGAUAGUUCAUUUAUCAAAACACAACAAAGUAUAAUGAAAGCAAAGUUGGACAUUGAGGUUGGUAACUUAUCUAUGAUAAUGGAAGAAAUGAAACUUGUGGACGCAAAACAUGCUCAGCUGAUUCAAAACUUCACAAUUCUUCAAGGUCCUCCUGGUCCAAGAGGUCCCAAAGGUGACAAAGGAAUACAAGGACCACCUGGCACCAGGGGAGCAAAAGGACAAAAAGGUGACCUGGGAGAAGAAGGAAUUCCUGGAUCCAUGGGUCCAAAAGGUUCUCGAGGUGUUCCAGGAAGUAAAGGAGAAAAGGGCAGUCAGGGAUUUAGAGGGCCUCCUGGCAUGAAAGGUCAAAAGGGUUCGAAUGGAAGACCUGGUACACCUGGAGCAAAAGGAAGUAACGGAGUGCCAGGUCCAGAUGGCAAAGUAGGUCCUCCAGGACCACCAGGGGAACAAGGUCAACCAGGCGCCGCAGGAACCAGGGGGCCACCAGGACCACCAGGACCAGUAGGACCACAAGGGCCACCAGGCCCAAAAGGACCAUCAGGCCCAACAAGACCAAUGAGCCCUAUUGGUCAACUAAGCCAUCCUUACGGCCUUAUGGGACAAAGAAAUCUGCCUUCAACAGUUUCUCCAAAGCCAAAUGGUUGUCCACCUAACUGGAGGAGGUUUAAGGAUAAAUGUUAUUAUUUCUCCACUGAUCCAGUUCAAUUUAAAGAUGGAAAUAAUCUAUGUAAAAUUAUGUCAUCCAACAUGAUUAUAAUUAAUAACCAAGAAGAACAGCAAUGGGUGAGAAAGCAAAUUAAUGAAAUAUACUACUACUGGAUUGGUCUGUCAGACACAAAGGAGCAUAAUGUGUGGAGAUGGGUGGAUGGAACUGUUGCACAAUACACAAACUGGAAGCAAGGGCAGCCUGAUAACUGGCAGGAGGAAGGAUUAACAGAAGAUUGUGCUGGCCUUGCUAAUGAUGCAUUAUGGAAUGACUUCUUCUGCACAGAUGCAUAUCGUGUGAUUUGUGAGAAGAAUGUUGAUAAAGAUCAUCUUUCCGGGUGAUUGUCCUGAACAGCACAUCCAGAAUUAUAUGCGGACCAGUAUUGGAGGUGGACUUCAGCUUUUGGUCCCUGAUAAAUGAAGGAAGCUUUUGAAAUGGAGUUAGAUGACAGCUACUAACCUAACUUUCCAAACAUUGUUUCCUCAUACUGGGUGCUGGGACUUAAAUCUUUGACCUUCCUUAACUUUUAAAGUUAGCCCAAAACUUUAUUCUGUAAAGAAUAGCUAUUAUUUGAUAACAAUCAUUGUUUAUUAAAAGUAAAAUUAGCAAGAAAAUAUAAUUACAGAAUCCAUAUGAACCCAUUUUUAUUUUAUUUUCCAUAAAUACCUAUGUCAAGAUAAUAUGUAUGUUAAACAUGUCUUUAAAAAUAUUUACAGUUCUGCUUACAAAGCUUUCUUGUUUUCAGGAAAAUUUCUACUGAACAUUCAGUGUUUAGUUUACAGUGCAAUCAAGGAAUAAUUAUUCAACUGUUAUGUUAGAAAAUCAAAGAUCAAAUCUUACUUUGUUAUCUUCCAGCAGUUAUAAUGAUGGUCUGUUUUAGGGGCUUGAAUUUUUCAGCUUUUAUUUUUGAUUGGGUUCGUGGGUGCUUUAUUCAGUUAUGAUUACCUGGGAAAAUCAGGAAUUUUCAGUUAUUAAAUGUCAUGAGGCAAAUGCAUCAAUUUUCAGUUUCUACAUUGCAACUAAAUUAGAAACAGCAAUAAAUAACAUACAAAUUUGCUCAUUACCCUGUGUUUUAACUAAUUCUAUUUUUUUCUCCCCACAAGUUAUCUACCAAGUGACAGUUUCUAUUGUGUCAGUGAAUAAUAUCUGCAUUUUGAAAGACAUAUUCUUAAAGUGCACAGUUGCCUUUAAAAAGUAUUUUGCCAAAGCAGAGCUUUUACCGUAAAAACUGAAAACAUUCAAGCCCUAUCGAUGUUAAAUUCUAUCACAGUGAAUAAGAGUAGGCAUUGUUCCAUUUAAGUAAGUGGAGCCACAGUGCUUUCUGUACGGGCCUUCCUUUUACUAAAACAAGUUCACCUGGAUGCAGACUUGUUAAGAGGAUGCUUGAAAAUACAACUGUUGCUGUUCCAAAUGGGAAGAAAAAUGCAAAACCUGGAGAAACAUUUUGACAUCAACAGCAAGUUUUGUGUACAUCUCAUAAGAUGUGAAGACUACUCCCUUUGUAUGCAGACAACAUAUUGACAACAAAGAGACCAGCAAGGCAAGUAAGCUACUGCCCACCAAAACCAGGAGAGGUUGAAGGGGAAUUGUAACUCCCUUAACGAGUCUUAAUAUCAGAAAUGCAACAUGUCUAAAACUCUUCAUCCUUUAAUAAAUGACAAAAUUUUACGGUUAUGAACAGUUCCAUAUUUAACUUGGCAAAGAUGUUACUACUAACAAUUAAGGGUAUACUUAAGACUCCAAUAUAAAAUACUGUAUUCAGCUAUCAACUGCCUCGUGACCCAGCAAUGCAAAAAUAAAAGUGCAGUCCCUUUAACUAUUAUUUGCAAAAUCUUUAUCAGCAUAGUAACCAAACUUAAGCUUAGUACAAAACUUCCAAAAACAAAAUAGUCUUACACUAUGUAAUCUGGAUACAUUGAUUUAACAUUCGAUUUCAUUAUAUUAUUCCAUUCCCAUUCACUCCCACUUCAUAAUGAUUUAAUUGCAAUAUUAAUCCUGGUUGAUUUGAAAAAAUGUAUUUUGUGUUUAUAAGAUAAGUCACAUUUAUUACAUAAGUCACAUGUACAUCGAAACACACAGUGAAAUACAUCUUUUGCAUAGAGUUUUCUGGGGGCAGCCCGCAAGUGUCACCACGCUUCCGGCACCAACAUAGCAUGCCCACAUCUUCCUAACCCGUACGUCUUUGGAAUGUGGGAGGAAACUGGAGCAGCCGGAAGAAACCCACGCAGAUACGGCAGACAAGAUCUGAGAGCAGAAAAAUACUCCCAAAGUAGAUUUUAUUACCAUUCAGACCAAUUGAUUUAAAAAUAGUCCUACUGUAGGAAUAAUACUGAGCCAGUGAGUGCACUGAAUGAAAAAGUUCACAUCCCAAGAGUGUUGGAUGACUAUACCUGGCACCCACAAUUCUCUGUUCUUACCCUCUUGCUGGAGUAGGAAGCUGUCAAAGAAGCAAACACUCUCCCACAGAGAGAAGAGGAAAAAUCAAAGAUUUGGUCAUCCUAAUCCACAUUAACAUGACCCAGACCUAGGUGAACACCAGCUCACUAAUUCAAUUGAAGAAAGUACAUGAGGAAAGAAAUCGAACACAAAUUAAAGAAAAAGAAGGCUCUAUUGUUACUUAAGAAAUAGAACAUUACUACAGUUAUGUUCAGGUAAAGUAAGUGAAAUUUAACAAAAUUAGUACUCAUUGCCCUCAAGUACUCUCGUGUAGCAAUUUUUUAAAAACAUUCCUUCAAGGGUGUCAAACAAAGCUACUCAACAGCAUUCAUUUUUAUUGCUAUAUUUAGUCUCCAUGAGCUCAGUUAAUGGGUAUGUAUUAGAUUACUGUCAAAAACAUUUGUAAUAUUGACAAAAAAACAAAACUAACCCACAAUGAAUUAUGAAAUAAAAAAUUAAUUAAAACAGAA